CUAGUCGAGGGAAAAAAGAAACGAAAAACCUAAUUAGUAAGCACGAUAUAAAUUCUCUCCCUUCUCCCUCUCUAGUCUCGUUCAAUCCGGCAGAAACCCUAGCAAAACCCUAGCUCUCUAGUAAACAAUGACGGGAGAAGCAGUGAAUCCCAAGGCGUACCCUCUUGCGGAUGCGCAGCUUACUAUUACGAUUCUAGAUCUUGUCCAGCAAGCGGCGAACUACAAGCAGCUCAAGAAGGGUGCUAAUGAAGCCACAAAGACCCUGAACAGGGGUAUCUCGGAGUUCAUUGUGAUGGCUGCUGACACCGAGCCUCUCGAGAUUCUGCUCCAUCUGCCUUUACUGGCUGAAGACAAGAAUGUGCCAUAUGUCUUUGUGCCUUCGAAGCAAGCACUUGGACGAGCAUGUGGGGUAACUAGACCCGUCAUUGCUUGCUCCGUGACAACAAACGAGGCCAGCCAAUUGAAAUCCCAAAUACAGCAACUCAAGGAUGCUAUAGAGAAACUAUUGAUUUAAAAGUGCUAGAGGGUUAUCGGUGUGAUGGGCCUCCCAACUCCCUGAGGGCUGGCAUCUCGGGAGGCUUGGACUGAGUUCGCUACCAUAGAUUUCCUUGUCCCUUUUUAACAUUUAUAUGAGGAUUGUGGGUUUUGUGUAAGCUAAAGACACAACAAUGAUUGAAGAGUUGGGCUAGUGUGACAUUGCGUGUUUGUCAUUCUGUUUUUUUUCUCUCAUUUUUCUGGCUAGACAUCUAUCUGAUAAAACUCAGACCUGAUUUGGCCAAUUCUCCUCAACUUGGAUGUUGUUCUCGUCAUUUUCAACCUUGAAUUGGAGCGAGACUUUACCUUUGUGGAAA